AGUGUUAUUAUGUAGGGGUUUAUGACCGGGAGUGAUAUAUUAACGGGUGGCCUAUUGUUUCUGCGUGUUCAUCACUGCGGUCUCAGGAUGUUCAAGUUAGUGCUGCUAUUCCUGGCGCUGUCAGGCCUCCAGGCUCUCCCACUUGGAGACCCCAGAAGUUUGCAGGAGACAUCUUCCACCUACCAACUCCCUGAUGGCUUUCGACAGGGCACUGAACACUCUGACAUCGGUGAACCUGUUCCUGACAGCUUCCGACAAGGUACUGAGCCCUCCAGGAGAUUCCUUGUUGACCUCAACACCGGCCUGGUGCAGGAAUACAUCAGUGAGAUGGACAGGAGAGUGGUCCCUGUUGAUGUUCCAGCCCAGAAAAACGGCGGUGGUUGGGUCCGGGUGGAGGAUCCUUCUGCUCCUUAUCUCCCAGAUGGUUUCAGGCAGGGAACCGAACCCAUGAGGUCUAUCCCAGAUGGUUUCAGGCAGGGAACAGAACCCAUGAGGUCUAUCCCAGAUGGUUUCAGACAGGGGACUGAACCCAUGAGGUCUAUCCCAGAUGGUUUCAGGCAGGGAACCGAACCCAUGGGGUCUAUCCCAGAUGGUUUCGGACAGGGCAGCGAACCCAUGAGGUUUGUCCCAGAUGGUUUCAGACAGGGAACUGAACCCAUGAUAUCUAUCCAAGAUGGGUUCAGACAGGGAACCGAACCUGUGAUGUCUGCCUCAGAUGGCCUUAGGCUAGUUGCUGAACCUAUUGUGGCUAUCCCGGCUGGUUUCAGACAGGGAACUGAACCCAUGAGGUUCGUUUCUGCUGGUUUCAGACAGGGAACUGAACCCAUGAGGUCUAUCCCAGAUGGUUUUAGACAGGGAACCGAACCCAUGAGGUCUAUCCCAGAUGGUUUCAGACAGGGCACAGAACCCUUCAGGUCUAUCCCAGAUGGUUUCAGACAGGGAACUGAACCUAUGAGGUCUAUCCCAGAUGGUUUCAGACAGGGAACAGAACCCUUCAGGUCUAUCCCAGAUGGUUUCAGACAGGGAACAGAACCCUUCAGGUCUAUCCCAGAUGGUUUCAGACAGGGUACUGAACCUUUUAUUACAAUCCCAGAGGGCUUUAGACAGGGAACAGAACGCUCCACACCUGGUCUCCAAACGAAGACACUGGCAUGUAAAGGGGAGGUCAUCAAUGGAAAAUGCUACGAGUUCAACCCCACACCACUGGCCUUCCAAGAUGCACAGGCCUUAUGCAGAGCUCUUGCCCCAAAUGCUGAGCUUGCAUCUGUAACAACCAGCGAUCUGCAUUCCCGCCUGGUCUCCCUGGUGACCAAGGGUGGUGAGAGCAACCCUGUGUUGACCUGGCUGGGAGGGACGGUCGAGAACCAGCAGGCAUCAUGGGUAGAUGGGUCAGAGUGGAGUUACAGCGAUUGGAUGCCAGGUCACCCCAACAUUCACACUGAAAAACCUGUUUGUGUGGAGAUGUUCAAGAUAGAUGAGAGCUGGUGGACAGCCGCUGACUGUGAACUGAAGAGAGCGUCCAUCUGCUCGUACCAGAUCACUGCAUGAGAACCACAUAGAAACACAACAUGAGAGGAAGCCUCUCCUGAUUGGUUUCCUCUUGAAUAAUCUCACAGACAAUAUUGUCUUCAUUAGUUCUGGCUACCAUUGUCUGCAUUAUCUUAAAUCUCCUUGAAUUAAACUAAGCAUACUACA